UGUCCGCCGCAGGGGCUGAUGGGAGGUUUGAGGAGCUGUUAGAAACCACGACGCCCUCGUCUGAUCUCACAGCUCGUCCUUGUUUGGCCUCAGCUGCAUCAGAGCGCCACUUCUCCCCAGGUUCACCAGAGGAAACACCACUGCACAAAAUGCUUUUCCUCCCAGCUGCUGCUCUGUGCUGUCUGUGUUCAGCGCUGGUUGCCAUGGCAGCAGACCUGAUUCAGGAAGAUUUAACAUUGACCAAGAGAGCUGGUGAAACAGUCUACUUCAGAUGUGGAGGAACUAACCAGUGUGACAGGGAUAAUGUAUACUGGCUCCAGAAGAAAGACACAGAAACAUUCACAGUGAUUCUAAAUAUUGACAAGAGUAACUGUAAAAUAGAUAAAGGGUACAAUCAUCCUCAGAGAGAUGAUUUCUUAGCUGUAAAAAAAACGAAAGGCUGUGAGUUGAAGAUCCAGAAAGUUACACAUUCACAUUCAGCCACCUACUACUGCUCGUGUUGGAAAGAUGUCACAUUCACUGUGGGAGGAAACCUCUACUUCAUCUUUGGCUCUGGAACUAAACUGUAUGUAGAUAAGCAGGUAGUGAAGCCCGUGGUGAGCGUGUACCCAGCAGCAUCCAGAGCCCACCUGGAGGGGAAGAGCUCCCUGCUGUGUCUGGCCUCAGCCAUGUCUCCUCCUGUGGUCCAGUUCUCCUGGAAAAGACAGAAGAACGGCCGGCUGGAGGAUCUGAACCCUGCUGAGGGGGAGCAGCUGGAGCUCAGAGAGUCGGGACACACUGCCUCCAUCCUGCUGCUCCAUCAGCAAGAGAGGAGCACAUAUAAAUACCGCUGCUCUGUCAAGCACGAAGGGGGCACAGUGAGGGCCCAAACAGAACAAGAUGUUUCUACUCUUCCUUCACCAACAACAGCUCCAACAGCAACUUCAACAUCAGCUCCAACAGCAACUCCACCAGCAGUUCCAUCAGAAUCUCCAACACCAGCUCCAUCAGCAGAUCCACCAGCAGCUCUUGUCCCGUCUCAGUACCAGGUGAAGCUGCUCUGUGUGCUGUACACAGUGCUGAUAGUGAAGUGUCUGGUGUACUGCUGUGGACUCUCUCUGCUGAUGAUCCUCAGAAACAAGGGACCGUCCACCAACUGCACACAUGCUGACUGACUGUUUUCUGCUCGCCUUUUCUCACCAUCACAUCUCAUCAAUUCAUCUCAUUUAUCACUUUGAUCAGUGUUCAGAAAUGUCACUUAUGACGUGUUGUGGUUGGUUGUAAAUUUACGGUUAAGACACAGUUGUCUUAAAACUAUAAAUACACACACAAACAUGUAAAUUCUGUAGAAUAUUGUUAUCUUGAUGCUUGAUUUUGCUGCUUAUAGUAUUUUUUCUUUCUUGUGCAUUUUCUUUUUAAUACAUUAUGCAGAGGGUGGCAGGUUUGUCAAAGUCAUUCAGAGUAACAUCCUCAAUAAACUGAAAUAUCACAGAUUCUGUCAUUUAUAGUCAUUCUUGUUUUUAUUGAUUUCCGUUUGGCUUCACAUAAUACAAAUAAUCAGACACAGAAUCAACUAUAUUGGCCAAGUUUGCUGAUACCUACAAGUAAUUUGACUCUUGUCGUGAGUAGAUCUCAGUAAACUUUCA